AUGCAGCUCGCACCAAAUAAGACGGUGGUGGACCUAGAGAACCGCGCAACUUUUAUGGUUCAAUUGCAUGCCUUUCUCCUGCAGGCACGACACGUGGUGAGCGGAACCCCUAAGGGGAAACUACAGGAGGUACUUCGGAACGUCGAUGAAUGGAUAAAAGAGGUGAGUUUAGGGGAUGCAACGACAUCGUCAGGGUCUGCAAGUGGUAACGCUUCAGUUACUGAAAGAACUGGUGGUGAGGCGUCGGGACCGUUGCGUCAAGGCGCCUCCGAGGCCGACACGGGGGCUGCUGAAGACCCUAAACCCCCACCAAAUUCUUCACCAAGCGCGUCACCGUGUGAAGACCCUUCACCCGCGACGGCGGUGGCAGCUGAAGGCGAUGAGAGAGGCCAACUGGUCCACCCAGACCCCAAUGCGGGCUUCUCCAGUGACUUAUCUAAACGAAAUUUGGAGGAUCUUGCAAGGUUUCUUGCCACCUUGUUUGUUGGUACUUCAUCGGAGAACGGUAAGUUACGCAAUAUUGCGCGCAACGCAGCGCGUAUUGUCAUCACUCGUUGCUUUUCCAUCAUCGACAACACCCUGCGGCAGGUACUUAGGGAAGUGUAUGACGAUCCAACUGCGAACAAUGGAGGGGAGGCAGGAGGAAAUGGCGCUGCGCGCCGUAAAGAAAGCAACCCAUUGUUCGUGAGUCUCGGACACGAUAUUAACGUUUGUAGGAACACUAUAGGAAUUUGUGUUGAUACGCUUUCAGGGUCGACAGACUUUCCUUCGGUGCGCUUCGCAGUACAGGUGUGUAUAGAUAUUCUGAAGCAGUUGCGUCAAUGCGUCGUUCAUUUUGAGAGGCAAUUUGCAUCCCGCGAGAUAGGUCAUAUACAGGACAUGGUCGAGGCUACUGGCAACGGUCACAACGGUGAGGUACGCGCUGCCGAUGACGAGGAGGACCGGUGCAUGGCAGAGCAGCGGGUGGAGGAACUGAAACGGCUACUCGGACCCACGUUGCUCGAAAGUAUUACGCAUCUCGUGGGUCUUGUCCGCCCCGUCGUCGGGUACUUGUUUUCCAUUGUGUCAGUUAAAAGUGCCACGGCCUCUGAGGAUGAACGGACGACAAAGAGUGACGUUGUAAGUAAUCUGUUUGGGUUUGCAAAGUGGUAUGGACGUACCUCGCACUUGAGUAGGUGCGGUGAUGCCUCAGUGGAUGAUUCUGUGACGUUAUCAAGGUCCACAGAGUUUGAUGAUAACGUGCCAAUCCAUUCACGAAGCCACCGCAUUCUCUGCUGUGUGCUGGAGUCGGUGUUAGCUACAUCUUUCUCCCCAGAAUACACGGCGUGUGUUGCUCAGCACUGCGGUGAUCGUGCCGAGGGCCAAUUCUUGGCGGUUCGUUUACUGAAGGAUACCGUGAGUGAGCUGUGCGAAGGAAGUGCCGCGGAACUGGAGUACGUGUUACGACACGACAACUGGAGGAAGCGCAUAUUAGAUGGCAUUUUCAACUGUGUCAUGUCCCUGCGGCCUUCGGUGUUGGAUGCCGGUUUGGAGACCCUCCGACGGGUCGUGACGUCAUGUCCUGACUGCCUCUCCACGGAGGUUGGCUCCAUCUACUGUAAUGGAAUCUUUGGAUUACUGGGGUCUGACAGCACACCGCCCUUUAUGCAACGAUCUUUCCUUCAUCAUAUCAUCGAUACGUUUUUUCAAGGCUCGGCCGUUUCGGGUGAGGCACCACUUCUUUUACGUUGCUACCGUCGCUUUGACCUCAAUGUUCACUGGCACCAGCUCAAUUUGAUCCAGAAGGUUGUCACCGUGCUCUCCCGGGCGGUUUGCACGGCGAGGCCGGAGGAGUUCGUGGACAUCGAGGGUCCGAAACCACGCGCCUCAGGCACUGCGAGCGGCAGCGCUGUGGGCAACGCAGAGGCCAGCAACGAAAGCAUCGUUUACGCUGAAACUGGUGGAGGCGACUCCGCUAACGUGACUCAGACAGUGAAUUGCGCUAGUUUCGCAGAUGACGGUACAGUUAUGAUGCAGCGAUCCGUGCCAUUUCUGGCGCUUCACGGCCUCGCGCUGGUGGUAGAAAUAUUAACGAAACAGAUUCCCCAGAACACUGGCCUGUCCAACUGGAAGCCGCUUCCAAGGUUGCUAAACCGGAAGAAGAAAAUAGAACAGCUGCGUUUUGUAGAAGCCAUCAAUAGCUCACCCAUAAAGGGGCUACGGAAGUUAUUUAACAUCAGGGACGAGGAGUGGCAAACAGAGGCUGACCGCGCCAUAGCGGAGAAUAAUUGGUCGCACCGUCAUAUACCGGAGCCCGCCACGCCUCAGGCCGAGGAGAAGGUGCAACACAUCGCGCAGUUCCUUAUGGAAACUCCGUCGCUGAACUCCGAUGCAGUUGCAGAGAUUCUGUCAUACCCAGCUGUUAUAUCUCUCCAGGUAUGUCGAGCUUUCAUGGACUUGCUACCGCUGGCUGGAAAGACACUCAUAAACGGACUGAGGGAACUGUUCCGUGUCGUGAAGCUGCCCAAGGAGGGACAGCGAAUUGAGCGUCUCAUCGAGUUCUUCUGCAGUGCAUACUAUAAGGCAGGAUCAAGGAGUUGCGUGGAUACGGACGUCUUUCCAUUCGCAUCGGAGGAUGCGUGUUUCAUUGCUGGUAUAGGAAUUAUCAUGUUGAAUACCAACCUGCACAACCCAAACGUCUCCACGACAAAAAUGACUGCGGCCUCUUUUUACGCGCAGAUGCGAGGUUGCAAUGACAAUAAAGAUUUCCCCCGUCGCUUCACGGACAGCGUCUUCGAGGAGGUCAGCACACGCUCUUUGUCCAACGUGCACGAGUCCAUGCUAACAGAAGCGAAGCGACGUGGCUCAGUGGUGUCACACAUGAGGAUGGAUGCGUUCUUCUUCACAAGUGAAGAUCGCAAAGAGGCGGAAUUCAAUGUAGUGCGGCGGCGUCUUACGGAUGAAACGCGUGAGCUGCUCUUUCGCAGCAGCAGACUAUGCGAGGAUGAUGGUGAGAUACGGGAGGGUGGAGACACGGAACAAGAAUAUUGGACGAGCGUCACACAGGAUUUGUUCCUGAGCACGUGGCCCUCGCUUAAUGCAGUGUUUGGAGCUGCUGUGGACGGAAACCAAAUUCCGGAAGACGCCCUGCUGCUCUACGCGACUGGACUGCGCAGCAGUCUGCUUUUGUCGGCGGCCUUUGGUCUGCACACGGAAUGUGAUGCCGCACAAAUGGCACUGGUGCGGCUCUCCGCUUUUGAUUCCCUACGGGACGUUUGCCACGGUUGUUUGCUCGAGGUUGCGUCCUCUCGGCACAGUGUACACUUUUCCUCCAGGUGCUGGUUGCCGGUGGUGGAGCUGCUGGUUACCAUCCGUAAGGAGCAGAGUCAAACGCAGUCCCAGCAGUCAUAUCAACAGCAGUCGCAGUCACAACAGCAGCAACGAAGGGCAAUAUUGGUGCAAAUGGAGUCACUCUUCGGCCACCUGGAGGAAAUCACUCGGGAAUACUGUAAUAUGAGCGUUCAUGAAGCCCCACCCGUGAUCGUGGUAGCAGUUCGUGAGUUACUGCAGGGUGUUGCAGCCUUGUUGCGGGACCAAGGCAUGGAUUUCCCGACUCUAACUGCUGCCCUAUACGUCGUGCGCCGAGUACUCAGCUACUCUGUCAUUUCCCACGACCAGGAGCUGGGUCCCGUUGUUACUAAUUUAAUUAAUGUUCGUGAUCUCAGUGGCAUUGUUAUGCCGGCACUGGUGGACGUCGUUGAAGCGCGAAGGGAGAAAGGAGACGAGUGCCUGCACGCCGUGACAAGUUUCGUUGUAGACGUCCUCAGCGUUGUGUGGAACUCCUGCGUCCGUGACGCUAACUGUUCACAUCAAGCUGUUAAACUCACGGAGCUUGCAAACUGCUUUUGUUUCUUUCAGAUGUGCCACGAACGCUGCGUGAACUCGUCAGUAGUGCAAAUGCAUAUGUUGCAAGGAGUGAAGGAGUUGGUUUCGUGCACCGUUCUAGCGGAGAGUUCCGUUAAGCAACGAACGACACGCGGUGUUCAAACACGUGUCUCAUUUACCAUGGCGUUGGUGUGGGAAAGGCUGUUGCACUCAGUGGCUCAUGCGCUCUCAGGUAAGAGCACUGUUGGCACUGAGACCUGCAGCUUAGCCGUUCACGUGCUGCAAAAACUCGUUCUCAUCUGCUGUGGCGCCGGCAGUGUGCCCCCAAGCGUUCAGAUGCGGCAGGAGCCCCUUAAUGUGCUGUUAUCGCUCCUUUGUAACGUAGCUUACGUUGGUGGAAUGUGUAGUGACGUGGAGAGCGCCCAGUCGUGCCUAGCGCAGCUGUCCUGUGUUUGCACCGCCGCACUUAACCGCGAAGUGACAACCUCAUUAGAGGCGACAGCGGUGACCUCAGACGAAGAUGACUAUGAGGUCGACGGCCUAAAUGAAGUACAAGUGCAGCUGACGCGACGUUUACUGCAAGGAAUACAAGGGCAGGAUGACUUUACCGUGCUGCACGCGUUGGAGCGUAUAUGCAUGCUUUUGGGCUGCCAUACCCAAGAAACGCGAACGGAGGCUAUAGGGGUGCUACGGGCUGUUUCAAAGCAAUUGGGUGUACGCGACCAAAAGCAGCACCUCGCUGUGCAACUAGCUGAUACCGUAUUACAAGUACUUCUGGGACACACUGCACCAGGCUCUAAAUCUUCGGCGAACACUCCGGAGGCGGCGGAAGACGUGGGUAGAGUAAGCUUCGCCAUUUUGAACCUUCGCACGCCGCCGACGAUGCGGAAGUGCCCAGCUGUGGCCUUCCACGCAACACUUCCACAGCUUUUAAAUUUCAUGUCGCAUGAACUAAUCGUAGAUGCAUCACUGGAGGACGUGGCUUCACUCGGUGCAGUCGUUAUGGAGCGGUGCUUGCUACCGCUUGCCGUAUCGCAAAAGUCCUCUUCACAUGUUCGACCGCUGGCCGUGCGUUCCAUGAUGCAAUGCGCCACGUUGUGCGUGGCAGCUCUCGGAAAGCUUUCCGAAUCAUCCGCCGCCCGGGAGAAGGCGGCGGGUGACCGGUGUCUUAACGCUAUCAUCAACAGUGUCAGUCUUGUGCUUCUCGAUACCCAUCUUUUCAAACAAUCUAUCGUGCCGCAUAAUGCCCAGUAUGUUGGCAGCCGUUGGGAUGCCGGGUUGUCGCAGAUGCUGGGGGCCUACUCGAAGGCAGGGCGAAGUGCCAUUCGUGCCUUGUCGGCUUCCGACCCGUGUAAUAUUACUGGAAGCCGCGGUUGUGUCACGCUGAGCAUGAGAAUGUUGCAUGAAGAGCAGGUGUCUGAGCAUUCGAAGGUGGCUCCCAACGACCUCCCAGGAAAGAAACAGGGGACUGUUGCUGGGUGCGAGGAGGGUCUUUCGUCAGGCACUGACUCCACUGUGCUUUCCGACGAGCAGCUCGUGGAGUACUGCAAUUUGAUGGCGCCACUGCUGUCUCCAUUGCCGAAGGUGUUGGCGGCUAUCACGCCCGCUAUGUACACAAGGUCCGAGAGACCUUUUAGCGGUGAUGAAGGUGCGAGUACCACAGAAGGGUGUGAGCAGCCGGUAUGGUGGUCCCCACCCCCGUGUAAUUACAAAUUGAUGGCUGAAUUACUGCUUGAUGCCGAAGGGGCUUUUUUUGCCGUGCUUUGGCGUGUCAAUCACGCAUCUGAGAUGGAUCAGUUUGUCAUGCAAUCCGUCACCAAAGGUCGUGAAGCAACACCGCUGAGCAAAAGUAGUGCACUACUCCCGCACACCGCCGUGCGUGGGGGGUUAAACGCCUACUUGUCGCUCGCUUUGCAGAUGGAUUUCUCCCACCUACGGCACGUACUUGUAGAAAUUCUUGAAGAGGUGGCCUUUGUGCAAUCGUUGUCAUCUGGAUCGCGUAAACCGCGACGGACGGGUGACAGCAUGUCGGAUAGCCCCGUUGGCCAACAACUAAGCCCACGAGAGCAACAACAUGUGCGUAGUUGCAAUGUAGGGAUGUACCAGGAGCUCACCUCCGUAGUAGUCCAUUGGGUAAAGAAUCUGAUGUACCAGCUGGAUCCCGAGACCUCAGCGUUAACGGGGCAGCGCCAAUCGGAACUCGCUGAUGUUGUGCGUGACCCGGAGGUUUUUAAGGGACUUGUGCAGCUGUUGACCGCGGCUGGUGGCUCCAUCGUGUCGACGGUGCGAGACUAUCUGACAUGGUAUAUUGAAGCUCAGCAGCGUUGA